UGGGUGAGUGGGGGCAGGGGGCGGGCAGGGGCUCGGCGAGGCGGCGACCCACUUUCCGCCCUGGAAGCUGUUUCCGCGGCCCCCUUCCGUGCGACCCCGAGCCUGUGGGGGUGUGGGUGGCGAGGGGUGGGGCGUCCCCUCUCCUGGGAGGGUUUCCAGGCCUGGGCGGAACCUGACCUGGUGGGAAAGGGCUGCGGGGCGGCCAUCGCAAAGCGCCCUCCCCCUUUUUUUUUACCGGCCCGGCUGGCCGCAGGUGACUUCCUCUGUAGGUCACGGAGAUGGUUUAAGGAUGACAUCCUCCCGCAGGUUGGGAAUGAUCAGCCAGCCAGUUCCUCCAUAUAUGGGAAGCGGUUAAAGGUACACCUUUGAGAAACAAAAACUAACCUAGCUUUAUGAGAUAGCCCAGGAACACUAAGGAACAAGUGACCUGUCUCUAAGGCAGUGGGACUCCUGAACAGCCGUUGUGUCCAGGAGAGCAUGUGUGUAUGUUAUGCGUUUGUGUGUAUAAACACACAUAGCUAUGAAUACUAGUUGAGGCUGAGAACCCCAAAGAAUAGUUCUUACUGUCGGAAAAGCAUAAGCUGGAGGAAGAGUAAAACACCGCAAAGAGAAAACGAAACCCAGAUUCUGGUCUGGCGUCCUUCCCGGGGAAAACUGUUGUAUGGAAAUGUAUGCCACAGAACUUGUUGAAGGAUGAAAUGGAAAACAGAGCCGUAGACCAGUAAGGUGGUGCUAGGACCUGAAAAGCCUCAGAUCUGGUUAAGCAAGGCAGCACUAUUAACAGGAGAACCACCCCCCGCCCCCUGCUCUUUGGGGAGGGAGAGAAGACCUAGGGAAUCCUGGCUACUUCCCAGGAGAUGCCUGGUUUGUACUGAGGAGGAGAGAUCUUGGAGCAGAGGCUAAGGCUAGGAACUGCCCUGAAAUGCACAAGGUCCUUCUGCCAUGUCCCACCAACCACUUAGCUGCCUGACUGAAAAGGGGGACAGCCCCAGUGAGACCACAGGAAAUGGACCCCCCAACCUGGUCCACCCAAAUCUGGACACGUUCACACCAGAGGAACUGCUACAGCAGAUGAAGGAGCUCCUGACUGAGAACCAUCAGCUCAAAGAAGCCAUGAAGCUGAAUAAUCAGGCUAUGAAAGGGCGAUUUGAAGAGCUUUCAGCCUGGACAGAGAAACAGAAGGAAGAACGCCUAUUUUUUGAGAUGCAGAGCAAGGAAGCCAAAGAGCGUCUCGUGGCUUUGAGUCAUGAAAAUGAAAAAUUGAAGGAAGAACUCAGAAAACUAAAAGGGAAAACAGAAAGGCCCCUUGAGGACCCCACUGGGGACCCCAAAGUCCCCAAGGCAGAAGCAGACCAGGAAAUGGAACAGCUGAAGACCCAGGUGGCCCGUCUUCAAGCUGAAAAGGCAGAUCUGCUGGGCAUCGUGUCUGAACUACAGCUCAAGCUGAACUCAGGCGGCCCCUCAGAAGACUCCUUUGUUGAAAUCAGGAUGGCUGAAGGAGAAGCAGGUGUGGCACUGAAAGAAAUCAAGACAAGUCCUGGGCCCACAAGAACUGAUUCCGUUGACACGAGCAAAUUUGCAGACGGUGCCAGGAAUUAUUUGGAAUUUGAAGAAUUAACUGUGAGUCAGCUCCUGCUUUGUCUAAGGGAAGGAAACCAGAAGGUGGAGAGACUUGAAAUUGCACUCAAGGAAGCCAAAGAAAGAGUUUCAUAUUUUGAAAAGAAAGCCAGUGAUCAUGCGGAAGUCGAGACCCAGACAGAGACGAGCAAAGAAAAAGAGAAAGAAGAGGAGAGAGGCCCAGAAACCGUGGGUACUCAGGUUGGAAGCGAAGUGGAGACAUUGAACCUUCAGGUGACCACCCUAUUUAAGGAGCUUCAAGAGGCUCAUACAAAACUCAGCGAAGCUGAGCUAAUGAAGAAGAGACUUCAAGAGAAAUGUCAGGCCCUUGAAAGGAAGAAUUCUGCAACCCCAUCAGAGCUGAAUGAAAAGCAAGAGCUUGUUUAUAACAACAAAAAGUUGGAACUACAAGUGGAAAGCAUGCGAUCAGAAAUCAAAAUGGAGCAAGCUAAAACUGAAGAUGAAAAGUCCAAGGUAGCCACUCUCCAGGUGACACAUAACAAGCUUCUUCAAGAAUACAAUAAUUCGUUGAAAACGAUCGAGGAACUAAAAAGGAAAGAGUCAGAAAAAGUGGAUAAGGUGGUACUACAAGAACUAAGUGAGAAACUGGCGCUGGCCGAGAAGGCACUGGCUUCCAAGCAGCUUCAGAUGGACGAGAUGAAGCAGACCAUCGCGAAGCAGGAGGAGGACCUGGAGACCAUGACCGUCCUGAGGGCUCAGAUGGAAGUUUACUGUUCUGACUUUCAUGCUGAAAGAGCGGCAAGAGAGAAAAUACACGAAGAAAAGGAGCAGCUGGCUUUGCAGCUGGCAAUUCUGCUGAAAGAGAAUAACGUUUUUGAAGAUGGAGGCAGUAGGCAGUCCUUGAUGGAGAUGCAGAGCCGUCAUGGGGCAAGAACAAGUGACCCUGACCAGCAGGCCUACCUCGCUCAGAGAGUUCUCCAGAAGACAAGGUUAAACAACCCAGGAUCACAAGGAGAUGAGGAUACCAACUGGAGGCAGCAGCAACAGCGGAAUAUUCCAAUUCAUUCGUGCCCCAAAUGUGGAGAAGUUCUGCCUGACAUAGACACGCUACAGAUCCAUGUUAUGGACUGCAUCAUUUAAGUGUUCACACCCCACCUCCCCCAAACUGUUGGUAAAUAUCAGAUUUUUUCCUCCAA